AUGCCGACGACACUCUUUCAGCCUCCUACCCCCGAGGAGGCCCGCCGGCAGGCCAAGCAACAUGCCCAAUUCGGCACCAUCGGUCACCCCUCCCACCGCUACUCCAGUCGGCACCCUGGCGGUGUCUUCCCGGAGCCGGUGAUGGACGAGCCGCCGUAUUAUUAUCUGCUUACGACUUAUAUCAGUUACCUAAUUCUAAUUGCCUUCGGACACGUUCGUGACUUCUUCGGCAAGCGCUUCCGGGAAGAAAACUACCGCCAUCUCAAGUCCCGCAACGGGUACGGUGCCCUUAACAGUGAUUUUGACAACUUCUAUGUGCGCCGUCUCAAGUUGCGAAUUAACGAUUGCUUCGAACGUCCUGUUACGGGCGUUCCCGGACGUACCAUCACAUUGAUUGACCGGGCUACCAACGAUCAUAACCAGCACUUCUACCUGACUGGUACCACCACUGAUACCCUCAACCUGAGCUCCUACAACUAUCUUGGAUUCGCCCAGUCGGAAGGACCCUGUGCCGACAUUGCGGAGGACUCUGUCCGCAAAUAUGGAAUUGCAACCCCCAGCACCCGAGCUGAGACCGGUACUCAGGAUCUUCACGUUGAGGUCGAGGAUCUAAUUGCCCGAUUUGUGGGUAAGGAGGCGUCGAUGGUUUUCUCGAUGGGCUUCGGUACCAAUGCCAACGUCUUCCCCGCACUUGUCGGAAAGGGUGAUCUGCUCAUCUCCGACGAACUGAACCACGCCUCCAUUCGCUUCGGUGCCCGUCUCUCUGGUGCAUCCAUUGCCAUGUUCAAGCACAACGAUAUGAAGGAUCUGGAACUCAAGCUCCGUGAGGCCAUCUCUCAGGGCCAACCCCGCACUCACCGUCCCUGGAAGAAGAUCUUGGUUGUCGUGGAGGGCCUGUACUCCAUGGAGGGCUCCAUGUGCAACCUCCCGGGUCUUGUUGCCUUGAAGCACCGCUACAAGUUCAACCUCUUCGUCGAUGAGGCACACUCUAUCGGAGCUAUCGGUCCCCAGGGUCGUGGUGUGUGUGACUACUUCAGCAUUGACACCUCCGAAGUUGAUGUUCUUAUGGGUACUCUCACCAAGUCUUUCGGUGCCAACGGCGGUUACAUUGCGGCAGACAAGUACAUGAUCGAGAAACUGCGGGCCAUUAACUCCGGUAUCUUCUAUGGUGAAUCUCCCGCCCCUGCUGUCCUCAUGCAAAUUUCGUCCGCUCUCCGCAUUAUCAACGGCGAGCUCGUCCCGGGCCAGGGCGAGGAACGCCUGCAGCGUUUGGCCUUCAACUCGCGGUACCUCCGCCUCGGAUUGAAGCGCCUUGGCUUUAUAGUAUACGGCCACGAUGAUUCUCCCAUCAUCCCUCUUCUUCUGUUCAACCCCGCUAAGAUGCCUGCCUUCUCCCACGAGAUGCUCCGACGCAAGAUCUCCGUCGUGGUUGUCGGCUACCCAGCCACCCCAUUGGUCUCAUCUCGCGCUCGUUUCUGUGUCUCUGCUGCCCACACCAAGGAAGAUCUUGACCGGGUUCUGACUGCCUGCGACGAAAUCGGCAAUGUUCUCCAGCUCAAGUUCUCGACCGGUAUUGCUGGUGGCGCUCUGCCUCCUACCGAGGAGAUGGCUCCCCCCGCCCGAAUUGGAGAAGGAAUGGCACCGCAAGCGCUCUGUACAGUUGACCCCUCCUCGGUGGCGGAUCGAGGAUGUUAUCCGACGCGGAGUCCAGGAUGUUAA